AUGCCCACACCCUCUUGUAACCUUCAGCACUUUCUAUUCUUACAGGAUUUGGCCCUGGAAGAGGCUGUUCUGGAGGAGCUGACCCAGAAGGUAGCCCAAGAACACAAAGCCCACAGUGGAAUCCUGCCAGCAGAAGCUGAACUGAUGUACAUCAACGAAGUCGAACGUUUGGAUGGAUUUGGACAGGAAAUCUUCCCCGUAAAGGACAAUCAUGGAAACUGUGUACACCUUGGCAUUUUCUUUAUGGGGAUUUUCGUGAGGAACAGAAUUGGAAGACAAGCAGUAAUAUACAGGUGGAAUGACAUGGGGAAUAUCACUCAUAACAAGUCGACCAUUCUAGUGGAGCUCCUCAAUAAAGAAGAGACUGCCCUCUUUCACACGGAUGAUAUCGAAAAUGCCAAGUACAUUUCUCGGUUGUUUGCCACACGACACAAGUUUUACAAACAAAACAAAAUCUGCACGGAACAGUCAAAUUCUCCACCUCCCAUCAGACGCCAGCCCACCUGGAGCCGGUCCUCUCUGCCCAGGCAGCAGCCGUACAUCCUGCCUCCCGUUCACGUGCAGUGUGGUGAGCACUACUCGGAAACGCACACCUCGCAAGACAGCAUUUUUCAUGGGAAUGAAGAAGCCCUGUAUUGCAACUCUCACAACAGCCUGGACUUAAAUUAUUUAAAUGGCACCGUCACCAAUGGCAGCGUGUGUAGCGUUCACAGCGUCAACUCCCUCAACUGCUCGCAAAGUUUCAUCCAGGCCUCCCCCGUGUCCUCCAACCUCAGUAUCCCUGGGAGUGACAUCAUGCGGGCCGACUACAUCCCGAGCCACCGGCACAGCGCCAUCAUCGUGCCCUCCUACAGGCCGACCCCCGAUUAUGAGACAGUCAUGCGGCAGAUGAAGAGGGGGAUCCUGCAUACAGACAGCCAGAGCCAGUCUCUGAGAAACCUCAACAUCAUCAACACCCAUGCCUACAACCAGCCAGAGGAUCUGGUGUACAGCCAACCCGAGAUGCGGGAGAGACACCCCUACACUGUACCUUAUGUGCCACAGGGGGGCUACAGCAACAAACUGUUCAGUCCAUCCGACCAGAUGAACCCAAAGAAUCACGUGGUGCCGAGCAAGCCGGGGGCAAGCGCCAUCUUGCACACGGUGAGCACCCCGGAGCUGGCCAACAUGCAGCUGCAGGGCACCCAUAACUACAGCACCGCCCACAUGCUCAAGAACUACCUCUUCAGGCCGCCGCCCCCCUACCCACGGCCACGCCCUGCCACCAGCACUCCAGACCUGGCCAGCCACCGCCAUAAGUAUGUCAGCGGCAGCAGCCCGGACCUGGUGACCCGCAAGGUGCAGCUCUCGGUGAAGACGUUCCAAGAGGACAGCUCUCCAGUGGUGCAUCAGUCUCUCCAGGAGGUGAGCGAGCCCCUCACGGCCACCAAGCACCACGGCCCGGCGAACAAGCGCCACAGCCUGGAGGUGAUGAACAGCAUGGUGCGGGGCAUGGAGGCCAUGACGCUCAAGUCGCUCCACCUCCCCAUGGCGCGCCGCAACACGCUCCGGGAGCAGGGGCCCCCCGAGGAGGGGCCGGGCAGCCACGAGGUCCCCCAGCUCCCUCAGUAUCACCACAAGAAGACCUUCUCUGAUGCCACCAUGCUGAUCCACAGCAGCGAGAGCGAGGAGGAGGAGGAGGAGGCUCCAGAAUCGGUGCCCCAGAUCCCCGUGCUCCGGGAGAAGAUAGAGUACAGCGCCCAGCUGCAGGCGGCCCUGGCCCGCAUCCCCAACAAGCCCCCGCCUGAGUACCCCGGCCCGAGGAAGAGUGUGAGCAAUGGGGCGCUGAGGCAGGACCAAGCCGGCCUUCCUCCCGCCAUGGCCAGAGCCAGGGUGCUGAGGCACGGGCCGGCCAAGGCCAUCAGCGUGUCCCGGGCCGACCCGUCGGCUGUCAACGGGGCCUCUCUCGGUCCAUCCAUCUCUGAACCCGACCUGACGAGCGUGAAGGAGCGGGUCAAAAAAGAGCCCGUGAAGGAGAGACCCGUGUCUGAAAUGUUCUCCCUGGAGGACAGCAUUAUAGAGAGAGAGAUGAUGAUCAGGAAUCUGGAGAAGCAGAAGAUGGCAGGCCUGGAGGCACAGAAGAGGCCGCUGAUGUUGGCAGCGUUGAAUGGGCUCUCGGUGGCUCGAGUCUCAGGGCGAGAAGAGAAUCGAGUUGAUGCCACCCGGGUUCCCAUGGAUGAGAGGUUCAGAACGCUGAAGAAGAAACUAGAAGAGGGAAUGGUGUUCACAGAAUAUGAGCAAAUUCCAAAGAAAAAAGCGAAUGGCAUUUUCAGCACAGCGGCUCUGCCAGAAAAUGCCGAGCGCAGCCGAAUCCGCGAAGUUGUCCCCUAUGAGGAGAAUCGAGUAGAGCUGAUACCAACCAAAGAAAAUAACACAGGAUACAUUAACGCCUCCCACAUCAAGGUGGUGGUUGGCGGGGCAGAAUGGCACUACAUAGCCACCCAGGGACCCCUGCCACACACGUGCCACGACUUCUGGCAGAUGGUGUGGGAGCAGGGAGUGAAUGUGAUUGCCAUGGUCACCGCAGAGGAGGAGGGCGGACGAACCAAAAGCCACCGAUACUGGCCCAAACUGGGUUCCAAGCACAGCUCAGCCACCUAUGGCAAAUUCAAGGUCACCACAAAGUUUCGAACUGAUUCUGUUUGCUAUGCAACCACGGGCUUGAAGGUCAAGCAUCUUUUAUCUGGGCAAGAAAGGACAGUGUGGCAUUUACAGUAUACUGACUGGCCAGAUCACGGCUGCCCAGAGGACGUCCAAGGGUUUUUAUCCUACUUGGAGGAGAUCCAGUCGGUCCGUCGCCAUACCAACAGCAUGCUGGAAGGCAACAAGAACCGGCACCCGCCCAUUGUGGUCCACUGUAGUGCUGGGGUGGGAAGGACCGGCGUGGUCAUUCUUUCUGAGCUGAUGAUCUACUGCUUGGAGCAUAACGAAAAGGUGGAAGUGCCCAUGAUGCUGAGGCUCCUCAGGGAGCAGAGGAUGUUCAUGAUCCAGACCAUCGCUCAAUACAAGUUUGUCUACCAAGUCCUCAUCCAGUUCCUCCAAAGCUCCAGACUCAUUUAAUCCCCUAAUCCAGCUCCUGGAGGAGGGACUCAGCUCCAUCCCACAGGAGGAGAGUCACCUCCAGACAACAUCUGCUCCCGCCACAGGGGUGCAGGUGGCUGGCAGCAAGCAGGCUCUCUGAAGACAGGAGCCAAGAUUAUUCACACAUACCAUGUAUUAUUUUAUAUGAGAUAAUUUAUUUUUUCCUCUUUGGAAUAACUUUUGUGAAUUAUUAUAAUGCAGUUUUCCUCAUAAUAGAGAACUUUUCAUUUCAACCACAUCUUGACUGAUCUGCAUUGUAUUAGGAAAUGUUUCCUGGUGAAUCAUUUUGGGGACAGAGGCAUGAGGGAGCACAUCUCUUGUGAAGUUGCAGCCAGAUUUGUAACCAACCUUGAAAUUCAUCAGCUUAGCUCAUUCAUCAGCUUAAUUCAUUCAUCAUACAUUGUUUAUGUCCAAAGCAAAGAUGGCAAGAAAAUAAAUUCAUCCUGAAAUAUAAAGAAAAGGAUCUGAAGGAACAAACACGAUUCUCUUAUAUUUUGGGCUCAUGAGCCUUGAUGGACAAUUUUCCCUCUUCUUUUCUGCCCUUAU